GUGCACCUGGUGGGCAUCGACAUCUUCACAGGGAAGAAGUACGAGGACAUCUGCCCCUCCACCCACAACAUGGACGUCCCCAACAUCAAGCGCUGCGACUUCCAGCUGAUCGGGAUCCAGGACGGCUUCCUGUCGCUGCUGCAGGACAGCGGGGAGGUGAGGGAGGAUCUGCGGCUGCCCGAGGGGGAGCUGGGAAGGGAGAUCGAGCAGAAGUACGACUGCGGGGAGGAGAUCCUGAUCACGGUGCUGUCGGCGAUGACUGAGGAGGCGGCCGUCGCCAUCAAAGCCAUGGCCAAGUGAUGGGCUGCAGGGCCGCGGACGCCGCGGGGCUCCGCCCCCCCCAACACUACAGCGGAUUGGGGGGGAGGGGAGGGGGGGGGAGGGGCGGAGGGGGCGGGGCCACAGGGGAGUCCCGGCCCCGCCCACCCCCCUUUUAGCCCCGCCCACCCCCGGGGUUAAGCCCCGCCCCCCCUUUCCCUUUUCUCGCGAGGUUUUGAGGGAGUGAAGGGGGGGGGGAGGGGGGGGCGGGGCCGGGCCCCGUGGCCCCGCCCCCUUUUGGUUAUCAACGAGCGCUGAAAUAAAACCGGAAAUGACUUUA